AUGCAAAUUCAUACUUCAUCUGCUCAUACCUUGGGUCAGUGCGAAUCAUUCAAGCAUUUAUCUCCACAAGCUAAAGAGGCUUUGUUGAGUUUAAAAAAAAUAAAGAACUUUGGAUUUGAAUAGCCGGACGAUCUGGCAAACGUUAAAGCAAUCACCACUAACAAUCAUGAUAAUCCAUCUGCUCUAACGGAAUCUAUUGUAGAUUAGGUAGUAAGGCAUCCUUCAUAGAAUGAAUUUAUGGGUUCUUAAAAUUUCUCGUUUAUUUAUAAUUCCAAAUCCUUAUUGGCAUUUAAGAAUUCAGUAGUUUUAGAUGAUCCAACACCUGAUUUUUCGGAUGCACUUUCUAGUGAGAGAGAACACAUAAAUGAAACUCUAUAAAAUCAACAACUCAUUUAAAAAUAGUUAAAAUUAUUUUCAAACUUAUAAGUUAAGCAACCCAAAGAUCGAAUCCAAGAAAACAAGGGUUUUAUAAAAAAAUUCACUCAAGAAAAAGAAAACAUGCUUAAUCAAAAUACUAAAAAGAAUUAUUAACUAAAUAGAUUAAGCGAUUUAAUAUCGAAGGAAAUUAAAAAAAAUAUUUUAACACCAACUUCAAAUAAUGUUCGCAAAACAUCUUACACAAGCUUAAACACAUAGCAUUCAUCAUAGACAAAAUUCAGUUUACAGACUCAAUAGGAUUAUCUCUUUAAAAAAGCGAUAUGCUUACAAGAAAAACAAAAGACCUUUAUUGAUUAAGGCCAAUUAAUAAACACCACAAAAGAAAUGAAAGAAUGUACAUUCAAUCCCAAGAUUAAUCAGAAAUCUAAGGUUGCCCAUUCCAGUAGUUUUUUCGAAAGAUAAAGCACGUGGAUGAGAAAGAAGAAUGAUAAGAUAACUUAAUAAGUUGAAAUCUAAAAGGAGAAAGCUACUAAAGAGUGUACAUUCAGUCCUAACUUGAGGGAUACCAGUAACAAUAGAAUUGAUAGUUGUGAUGUUUAUUAUAGAAAUCUUCAAUGGGAAAAGAAAUUCAACAAAAAAAAAUAACAUUUUAGAAAUUCAAUGAUGGAUCUUCACAAAAAUGAUUUAUAAAAUAGCACAAGUAAGUUGUAAUUAUAACGAUCGAAUUCUACGUAGAUCAUUAAUCAAUAAACUGAUAUGAAACAACUGUUAGAAAUUCAACUCAAAGUGGAUGAUGCUCCAAAAUAUCUUAAAUGCUUGACUCCAACUUAUUAAACAACAGGAACAAUCACAACUCCUAAUUCUUAAAGUGGUUAUUUGGACCUUGGAAAAAGAAAAAAUAGUAUAGAAUAAAUUGAAUAAAAAUACAAACUGCUUUAUGAUUUAGUUAAUUAUGGAAACAAAAAUACUUCAAAAAAGAAAAAGUGA